AUGUCCACAGAUUUGUCAGAUCUUGAGCUGCUUGGCGAAGAUGCCGCAGCAGUGGCACAGCAACAAUACCAACCCAUUAUACCCCAAGAAUAUGACGAGUUGAAGGACAUAGUGGAAGAUACGGUCGAUGACUCUGUUCCUACUGAGUCGGGUGAUGUUGCGCUGAGCACUACAUCAGGUUCGUCGGUGUGGGGGUUCAUUGCCUCGUGUUCCAUCAACCUGUUCCUGCCGUUUGUAAAUGGUAUCAUGCUGGGCUUCGGCGAGAUAUUAGCCCACGAGAUUGGCUUCAGAUUCAGAUGGUCAGGGGCUAGAGUCACCCCACAGAGAAGAUACCUGACUGUGAAUCAGCAGGCCAGCCAAUUGCAAAAAUCGUCUUUUCUUUCAUAG